GAUUCUAACAGGCAAGAAGUUGAUUUUGUUGCAAUGAACAAUAAACGUAAAUGGUUGUUUGGAUGGAUGGGCAAAUCUUUGGGCGCUGGAAAAUCAUUCAUCAUAAAACUUUGUGCUCACCACGACUUACCAAUUCGAGUUAAAGCAACAUUCGCAGUUCAUCGCAAAGGUGCACAAAUGAACUGA